UGCGCGUUCCGACCGAAGGGGGGUAAAAUUUCCCAACUCGAGGAAUUGGUGGCCGAGAGGGGGCAAGUAACCAGGGCUCUUCCCGGCGCCCCGAUGCGCGCACCAUGUCGAGGCGCAAGCAGGCGAAGCCCCAGCACAUCAACUCGGAAGAGGGCCAGGGCGAGCAGCCGCUGCAGCAGCCGAGCCCCGACCGCGCAGAGGCGCCGGCGGCGGAGGAACCGGGUGCUCCAGUGAACUCCCCAGGGAACUGCGAUGGCACCUCAGAGGACUUCGCCCCGGUGAAGCGGCCCCGGCGGGAGGACACUCACAUCUGCAGCAAAUGCUGUGCCGAGUUCUUCAGUGUCUCUGAGUUUAUGGAGCACAAGAAAAGUUGCACUAAAAACCCUCCUGUCCUCAUCAUGAAUGACAGCGAGGCACCAGUGCCUUCAGAGGACUUUUCCAGAGCUGCCCUGAGCCACCAGCUGGGCAGCCCAGGCAAUAAAGACAGUCUCCAGGAGAACAGUGUCAGCUCGGGGGACUUGAAGGAGAAGUUGGGUGCGGACUCCAUCCUGUACGUGAAGACAGAGGCCCCCCAGCCGCCCAUACCCCAGGACAUAAGCUAUUUACCCAAAGGCAAAGUAGCCAACACCAAUGUGACUCUGCAGGCGCUCCGUGGCACCAAGGUGGCGGUGAACCAGCGGAGCAUGGAGACCCCCAUGGCCCCCGUCCCCGCCGCGCACAGCAUCCCGUGGGUCCUGGAGCAGAUCCUGUGCCUGCAGCAGCAGCAGCUCCAGCAGAUCCAGCUCACGGAACAGAUCCGAGUCCAGGUGAACAUGUGGGCGGCGCAUGCCCUGCACUCAGGAGUUGCCGGCGCCGACACGCUGAAGGCCUUAAGCAACCACGUGUCCCAGCAGGUGUCUGUGUCCCAGCAGGUGUCUGCCGCCGUGGCCCUGCUCAGCCAGAAAGCCGCCAACCCGGCUCUGUCUCUCGAUGCCUUGAAACAAGCCAAGCUACCUCAUGCCGGAGUCCCCUCUGCAGCCGGCUCGCUGUCCUCGGGGUUUACACCGUUCACCUUGAAGCCUGACGGGACUCGUGUCCUCCCUAACUUCAUGUCCCGCCUCCCCAACGCCCUGCUACCUCAGACCCCGGGCUCUGUGCUCCUGCAGAGCCCCUUCUCCACUGUGACACUUGACCAGUCCAAGAAAGGAAAAGGGAAACCCCAGAACCUUUCAGCCUCCGUAGUAGAUGUCAAGGCCAAGGACGAAGUCGUCCUCGGUAAGCACAAAUGUAGGUACUGUAGCAAGGUUUUCGGGACCGAUAGCUCCCUUCAGAUUCACCUCCGCUCCCACACUGGAGAGAGACCUUACGUGUGCCCCGUCUGUGGUCACCGCUUCACCACCAAGGGCAACCUCAAGGUCCACUUCCAUCGACACCCUCAGGUGAAGGCAAACCCCCAGCUGUUCGCUGAAUUCCAGGACAAAGGAGUGGUGAGCUCCGCAUCUCACUAUGCGCUCCCUGUCCCCACGCCUGUAGAUGAAUCGAGUCUCUCUGUAGACACUGAGCCUGUCCCAGUCACGGGAACCCCUUCUGUAGGUCUACCUCAAAAGAUCGCUUCAGGGCCUAACUCCAAGGACCUCGUGGGUGGCUCCUUGCCCAGCGACCUACAGCCAGGGCCAUCUCCAGAAAAUGAGGGGGGCCUUCCGCUCCUUGGGGUGGGCAUGAUGCAUAACCCCCCAAGGGCUGGGGGCUUCCAGGGCACUGGGGCCCCAGAGUCAGGGUCAGAGACCCUGAAAUUGCAGCAGCUAGUGGAGAACAUAGACAAGGCCACUACUGACCCCAACGAGUGUCUCAUUUGUCACCGGGUCCUCAGCUGUCAGAGUUCCCUGAAGAUGCAUUACCGCACCCACACAGGGGAAAGACCAUUCCAGUGCAAGAUCUGUGGCCGGGCCUUCUCCACCAAAGGCAACCUGAAGACCCACCUUGGGGUCCACCGAACCAACAUGGCUGUAAAGACCCAGCAUUCGUGCCCCAUCUGCCAGAAGAAGUUUACCAACGCCGUCAUGUUACAGCAACAUAUCCGGAUGCACAUGGGUGGUCAGAUCCCCAACACACCUCUGCCAGAGAGUCCCUGUGACUUCACAGCUCCCGAGCCCAUGGCCGUCGGUGAGGCUGGUGGCGCCAGCAGUGCCUGCCAGGAAGACGCAGUGGAAGGGAUGGAAGCCGAGGAGGGCUGCUCCCAGGAUGUUCCCAGCGGCCCCGCGACAGUCUCAGCGCCGGUUCCCAGUACCCACCUGGUGUCGCCCCCUCUGGGCUUUCCUGUGAUGGCUCCCCCGGAGACUCAGGGGAAAGGGGCUCUUCCCGUGCUGGCCCUGCAGAGGCAGAGCAGUCAAGAAAACGGCUCCCAGGAGGGCGGUGACAAUUGCCUGACCAGUGAAUCCUCCUUGCUUGCCGGUGACCGGGAGUGUCUGAGCCGAAGCCCAGAUGCCGCAGCGGAGACCAUGUGCUACCAGGCAGUGUCCCCCGCCAAUAGCCAAGCUGGAAGUGUCAAGUCCCGGUCUCCUGAGGGUCACAAGGCCGAGGGCGUCGAGAGCUGCCACAUUGACACCGAAGGUCGUACCAGCCUCCCUUCACCAUUUAUCCGAGCACAGCCCACCUUCGUCAAAGUUGAAGUACCUGGCACCUUUGUGGGGCCCCCCAGCAUGCCCUCUGGCAUGACACCCCUGGUAGCGCCACAGCCACAGCCGCAGCCACGCCGACAGGCCAAGCAGCACUGUUGCACACGGUGUGGAAAGAACUUCUCGUCCGCCAGCGCCCUGCAGAUCCACGAGCGAACACACACGGGAGAAAAGCCUUUCGUGUGUAACGUAUGCGGGCGGGCCUUCACCACGAAAGGCAACCUGAAGGUACACUACAUGACUCAUGGGGCCAACAAUAACUCCGCCCGCCGGGGCAGGAAGCUGGCCAUAGAGAACCCCGUGGCUGCGCUGAGUGCCGAGGGAAAGAGAGCGCCCGAGGUGUUCCCCAAGGAGCUCCUGUCCCCCACGGUGAGCGUGGACCCCGCCGCGUGGAACCAGUACACGAGCGUCCUCAACGGGGGUCUGGCCAUGAAGACCAACGAGAUCUCCGUGAUCCAGAGUGGAAGCACCCCCACGCUGCCCGUGUCGCUGGGGGUCAGCUCCGUGGUGAGCAGUGCCACACUUUCCAAGCUGGAGGGCGCUCAGAGCGCGCCCAUGAGCGGUGUCGUGAGCGUGCCCAUGAGCGGGAACGCGGAAAAGCUUGCCGUCCCCGUUCCCAUCCCCAUCCCCGUUCCAGACGGGGUGUCCAAACACCAGUUCCCUCACUUUCUGGAAGAAAAUAAGAUAGCAGUCAGCUAAAGGAGGACGAGGAGUCUGCUGGAGAUUCUAGAGUCUGCUUUAUUGUUUAGUUUUUUGUUUUUUUAACCCACCUUUUUUUUUUUUUUUAAAUACCCCCUUCCUGAUAUGCAAGUGAUGUGGCUUGUGACCAUAGCCUUGGGCAAUCCUACAAUCACACAGUCGC